UACAGUGGUCCGACAAGAAACAACAUUUAGGGAACGUUUGCUUGAAUCCCCAAACUCCAUAAUAACAAAACGUAUUUUUUUAAAUAUGAAAAGACCGGUAUAGUUGUUGUUUAUACAAUUGUAAUAGAGCUUCCAGUCUUUAAAUAUAAAUGGGAACGCAUACUUUCUUUCCAAAGAAAACGACGUGUUUUCAGAGGGACUCAUUUGCAGGUUGGCGCAUCACAUCUGGAGGAGGGAGCUACUUGCUGCAUCAGAUGUUCCCACUAUGAAUUAUAUUUCAUAAUAUAUCAUCAAAACACCUGACGGGUUCCGAUGUGCACUUCUCAGUUGCGUGUCGGAUUUUAACGUCUCUCGAUAUCAACGGAAGAAGUUUUGCACCCACAUGGGCAGUGUGCUGGCUUUGUCUUCUGGUCCGGGCCAUCAGAACUGGCCUUUCUCCACGGACCGCCCUCCUUCUCGCUGGGACGCUCAUCCUGCUCACUGGGACAGUCCUCCACGCUGGGAGAGGAGAGAUGGACGCCUACCCAACCCGGGCAGCUUUCAUUCUCUCCAUAGAAGCUGCAAAGAUGUAUUCCCUCAACAGAUUGAGGGAGUCAAGAUGAUCAUCAAUAAAACUCUGAGCAGCUUCUUUAAGAUUAGUCAUGCUCUUCACCUCAGUGCUGUUAGUCCUUCCUACUAUCGAUUCCACGUGGAGCAUCUUCAGUCUGAUGAUUACAGCAAGGACAAGGAUGCCCCGGCAUUGAUUGGAGAGAUGGACUCUUCUGGCAGUCUGAACGCUCACGCUCUGCUGCACCUCACAGAGCGUGUACGAGCCAGAACAGUGUUCCAGACCCAGCAGUCCCAGUUUGUAACGUGGCAGUUUGAAACUGAAUACAGAGGGAACGACUUCACUGCUGCUGUGACAGUAGCCAAUCCGGACGUCCUCAGAGAGUCAGUUAUCCUUGUGGCACACUUCCUGCAGAGUGUGACUUCUGGGCUGGUUUUAGGAGGGGAGCUGGUUUACCAUCGGGGUCGAGCAGAGGAAGGAGGAAUUCUUACUUUAGCUGGACAGUACUCAAGACCAAACUGGACGGCAACGCUAAAUGCUGGGAAGGGAGGUGCCCAUGCUAGUUACUAUCACAGAGCCAACAAACAGAUCCAAGUCGGGGUGGAGUUUGAAGCCAGUACCAGGACGCAGGAGACCACAACCUCAUUUGGAUACCAGAUGGAGCUCCCAGAGGCCAACAUGGUGUUUCGAGGUAUGAUAAACAGUCGGUGCAUAAUUGGAGGCGUGCUGGAGAAGCGCCUGACCCCGCUACCUGCCACCCUGAUUAUGGGUGCAUUUGUAAAUCACAGAGGAGACAAGUUACAAGUGGGCCUGGGCGUCAACGUGGGUUAAUCUUCUCCUAAUGCCUGCUGGAGCCAAGCUCGCUGUCAGGAUAUCCAUCCAGAGACAUGCUUCAGAGGGUUUUUUAUGAACGGAUAUUUUAAGUUAGAACACUUGAACUACCUUGAGUAUGGUGGAUUGUCUGGGUGUUGAAACUUGCCAGCUACCUCAAGGGAGGUGAUGUUUCUGAAAAAUUGAUUUUGAGGGUGUCAACAACUGUGACUUGGGAUGUGUAACUCCCCCCAUGAAACCAAGCUGCACAUCACCUUCUGGACAUGAACACAGAAAGGAUGAUAGGCAUACUGUACUGCAAACUGCAAAUGUUUUAUAUUGUAAGUAGUCUUCAAGAAAUGUAAUGUAAGUAUAUAGAUUAUAAUUAAAGAUAAAUGUGUUUUUAUGUUAAGCACACACACUAUAAUUCUUGUAUACCUCACAUUUUAGCUGACCAUUUUUUAAAAAAUUCAGUCCUACUACAGGAAACAUGUCUAGGGUACUUAAAACAAUUUCCCAAUCUCCAUGACUUAAUAAAUCAUGUUUCUUUAUUCUUUAACCCUAACCCUUAUUCACCUUAAACCAAAGUGGUCAGCUGAAAUGUAAAAUAGGUACAAUUGUGCUAAAAUGCCAGUGUGUUCCUUAAAACUGUGUGUAUGGGUAAAAUAUUGUGUGUUUGAUUGUGUUAAAAAAAGUUGCAGCAUAUGAAACUGUGUGAGGUGCCACACAUAAACAAACAGCCUGUUGACUGUAGGAUAAGAGUUCCGGUGGUGGCUAAGUCCAUAGGGAUUUGGCUUGGGAACCGGUAGGUCACCGGUUAAACUCCCAGAAAGACCAAAUACUACUGAGGUGUCCCUGAGCUAGGCACCGUUCCCUACACUGCUCCCCGGGCGCCGUACAUACCGUAUGGCAGGCCCACUGCUCCUAACACUAUGAUGGGUCAAACGCAGAAUGUAAAUAUCCCCUCUGUGGGACCAUUAAGGGUAUCUUUCUUCUUUCUUGCUGCUCCAUAAACUAACCUCUAGUGGAGGGAUGUGAGAGCAGCGAUGCACUGACUCUGUGGAGCCAUGACUGUACUGUAUGUAUAUUAUUGAUGAGGGCAUGUGGAAACACUGGCCUGUAUACAAACUGCACUACUCACACUGCUUUGGGGGUAUUUCCAGUCCUUUUUAAGCUAUCAGAAGUUAUAUUAUUUAUACAUUAUGUAACAUAAACAUAGACAGAAGUGGAAGGGAGAGGCGGUCAUUUUUGACUUAAUUUAUUAAAGAUGUUAUUUCUAUCAGAAUAUCUGUUUCUCUUCAUUUCCUUAAUAUGUAAUUCAUUUCAGUUCUGUAUAGCAACAUUACGGUUUAAAGCUCCACAAAUUAAUGUUUCUCUGUAAAACUAUGGAUGUUAUGUCUACAUGUAAUAUGGAAGCACUUACUCAUAGUGACAAACCAACAUAAAAUGAAUACCUGACUCUAAACUUGACAUCAGCACCAACUCACGUGCCUUUUAGCCUCCUUUAGCUCGAUGAUUUGGUUCUAUGUACAACAUUUAGCAUCUGGCAAGAUAAUGUGCCAGCUAUUUUUUUCAGGGUUUUUUAAACACAAAAGCGAAGUUAAAUAUGAAGUUAUUAUUGGACAUUUAGCUGGUGUCAAGAAGCACCAGUAACUCAAAAUUGACAGUGUGUUUCUGCAACCAAACAGGCUGUACCUACAAUAGCUUUAAGCUAGCUAGCAAUGGACGCACCAACAGUGUGUUUGUGUUCAGACAAACUCUGACUGAACUCUCCAGAAACUUUGCUUAUUUCUGUAUUUAUUUAGUUUCCUCUUCCCUCUGAAUGUUUAUGAAGCUUAUUCACAAAGCCCAGGUAGUCACACAAUUGUUUGUGUCUAAUCAUGUCUUUCCAUUGAGUUUGUAUUCAAUGGAAAAGACAAUCUGUAUAAUAACCUAUUCUGCAUGUUAUAUGUGAACUCAGUCAGGGACCAAGGUUUAAAGUAGGCCUAUAGUGACAAAGAAACUUUACAGAGACUUGUUGGUGGCUUUACAAUUUAAUAUAAAAUCCUAAACACUGAAAUGACUGUACAUACAUAUAUACAAAUAGAUAUUCAAAUAUGAGGUUUGUAAACAUAUCCCUGUUGGUGCUGAUAACACACCCAACUUCAGUGGCGAAAAGAUAAAGGCUUGCACUGGUCCGUUUGAACUGCUUCCAGCUGUCUUUGUUAUUUUUCUUUAAAAAAGGAGAAGAAUCCUUUCCCUGCUUCUCCCUUCAAUCUCAACGAUUUGCUUCUUUGUAAUCCCACUGCAUUGUCUUUCUCUCGCUCUUUUUCUCUCUGCCUCUCUUCCUCCCUUUGCAGCACCUGUUGAUU